CAUUCAAGAUAGUUCCUACACGCUCUAUUCCAACAAUAAAACCAAUUUCGAAAAAUGGAAGACAAGCUAGAACGGCCCGAGUGCCAAAUUUUAUUCCGCCAAUCCUCCCUCGAAACCCGACUAUACCCCGUCGACCCGUCAGAAGAGUCGUCCGAAUCCAGCGACGAAGAAGUCAAAACUUUGACGUCGCCACCCAAAAUCGUCGACUUCAAAAUGAAAACGCCCCCGAAAGACACCCAAGAACAAUUCACACCUGAGGAGAAAGAAGACAAAAACGACAAAGCAACGGCAGUAUAUUUAAUGAAAAUGAUUUCACCGAAGCCGCGCCAAACUCCCCUAGACGGCGAUGACAGAGAUCCAGAAAUGGCGACCGUAAGGCCUAAAUCUCCGCGGACUGUGGGGGCGAAAAACGACAAGGAAGAGUCGAUUUGGGACAAGUUGGGGACUCUGGGCCGGAAAAAACGCAUCAAGGAAGUUCAAGAGGUGCAAGCUGAGGGAAAGUAUGCGAUCGACUCACCGGGGAACCCCUUGAAUCCCGUGACACCUCCAGAAGAGUAUGAUUUGGAGGACCGAGAGGAACGUUGCAUGGUGGAGCCUCGCUCUUACGAAGACCCUAAAUUCAGGGAGCUGAUCCAAGUGUUGAUCGACUGGGUGAACGACGAAUUAGCAUCCCAAAGAAUAAUAGUCCAAGAAUUGUCUGAAGACUUGUACGAUGGUCAAGUGUUGCAAAAACUCCUCGAAAAACUCACGAACGAUAAGCUCGACGUGCCCGAAGUCACUCAAUCUGAAGAAGGCCAAAAACAGAAGCUCUCUGUGGUGUUAGCACACUUCAAUCAAGUUUUGGGGGUGCAGCGUCUCGAACACCGAAAGUGGAGCGUCGAAGCCAUCCACUCCAAAAACAUCGUUCCAAUUUUACACUUGCUGGUAGCUCUAGCCAGACACUUCAGGCCCCCGGUGCGUCUACCGGAACACGUGUCUGUGUCGAUGGUAGUAGUGCAGAAGGUAGGGGGUCAGUUGACCCAUCGCGUGGUCAAAGAAAUCAUCACCGCUGCUUACGAUGACGUGGGGAUGAGGUGCGAACGCGACGCUUUCGAUACGUUGUUCGAUCACGCCCCCGAUAAACUCCAAGUAGUCAAAAAGAGCUUGGUGACGUUUGUUAAUAAACACCUCAAUAAAAUUAAUCUGGAAGUGAGCGAUAUUGAGACGCAGUUCCACGAUGGGGUGUAUUUGAUUAUGUUGAUGGGGCUGUUGGAGGGGUUUUUCGUGCCGCUGUACAGUUUUCAUGCCACACCAAAGGAUUUCGAACAGAAAGUGCACAAUGUGUCAUUUGCGUUCGAAUUGAUGGAGGAAGUGGGUUUGAAGAGACCGAAAGCGAGGCCUGAAGACGUUGUGAAUUAUGAUCUGAAGUCUACACUGAGAGUGCUUUAUAACCUCUUCACAAAGUACAAAAGUCUUUUGUAGAAAUGUAUGUAGAUACGUAGUGCCUUAAUUCCUCUUAUCCAAGUGACAUUCUUCCUAAUGCGUCUCUUCCCAAGUGUGCUUUACAUACCGUUUUCACUUUUAAUAUAUUACAAGUAUUAUGAUGGUUAUUGAAUCUUGACAAUUUAUUUUUUAACGUUCUUGAUGUUAAUGUGUUUAUACACUAAUGUAAAUAACUUGUAUAAUUUUAUAUUUAUUAAAACUUAAAGUGGC